UCGGCCGACCAUAACAAGUUUCUGCUGCGUUACAUACAUAUAGCAAAAGUUGACAUUUAUAAAAAAUAUAAAUAUAUAUUUCUAGACACAUAUAGCGCGUUAAAGGACAUCGCCAUGAGUGUUUCCAGGCUAGCGUAUCCGCUUAAUGUAGCCCUUCAUAAAUUUGCCCAACAAACUGCCUGCAACAACAACAUUGUGCGUCGUCGGAUGUCAGGUGUUACUUUCCGUAGCGGUGCCUUUAAGCCAAAACCAUCGGAGAUGCCCUUUGGGCUGUUGGCUAUCUUCUGUGCCGUGAUUCCUGGACUAUUUGUGGGCGCCACCAUCAGCAAGAACGUGGCAAACUUUUUGGAGGAGAACGAUUUGUUUGUGCCCGCCGACGACGACGAUGAUGAGGACUAAAGUACGCGACGGGAACGCCAAUUGGAGCAUGCCCUAGUCACGAUUGGAUUAGACAACAACUUGGAGUCUGCUUCCUUUUGUUAACCCAGCAAAAGCCAAAAGUUUAUUCAUCUCACUUUAUCCAUUUUGUAAUAUUAAAUCUAAUAUAACUUUAAGGAUAAUGACUCUACGUUCGAUUUGCUUUUUGAUUCUGUUAACUACUGCAAAAAUCGAAGAAAAUAUCUGCCAAGCUCUCUUUAUAAAGACUAUUGUUAGCACAUUAAAUAAAACGCAUAAAAAUUAAA